CUAGCGCACCCGAGCGUCGGUGUUUGUAUUCAGACAGGGCAGACCUUUACCAUUCGAGCAGAGAACCCGGGGGAAGUACCUAGCUUCGAGCUCUUGGAACUGCAGUGGAAUCUCCUUCGCAUUGCGGCUGUAUGUGAGGUUGCGAAGGCCACCGACGAGGACUAUAAGGAAGACACUGACGAA